AUGAACCAUGAGAGAGAAUGUGAGAAUGUCCUAGAGGAAUUCCGAGUCCAGAAGUUCGGAUUCAGUGACGUCCAGCCUAGGUAUUUUGUGACAGCGCAGUGUUUCAGUUCAGCCUUCUACUGUGUGUGGACCGGAUUCUGGGCGCUGUUCCACAUGACCGUAAUUUGCCUGCAGUUUUAUUUUAUUGAUGACCACCCAUUUCCAGAAUGGCUGUCCUAUCUGACAAACUGGGGCUACACCCUUCUGGCUCUGUCGGCCGUGUGGGACUGUGUCUGUACGCUGUACGUAAAUACCACCAGGAAAGACUUACUGGCAGACGAUGCGUCAUCGGACCUUCCAUGGUAUUUGAAAAUACAGUGGAUUUUGUUUAACGUUUCCACGCUAACCGCUGUCGCCAUCACGCUGUUGUAUUACUCACUUUUAUCUCUAGAUUCUACACCCAACAGGAUCCUGAAACACGCUAUUACUUCUGUGUACGCAGUACUGAGCCUGGCUGUGAGCGCCAAACCAGUGCGCCUUCUACACGUGUACCAGGCCUUGCUGUUCUCAGUGGUUUACUGCGUCUUCUCAUUGGUCUAUCAGAAGGCGGGGGGCGGGGCUAUCUACACAGUGCUGGACUGGGACAAAAUUCCCAACACAGUACUGCUGUCCCUGGGAAGUGUUCUUGUCAUGGUACCCAUGGUUCAUGUAGUCAUGUUUACUAUUUAUAGAUCACGGGUGAUGGCUUGGAGCUCUUGCUGUCCGAAAAGACAAGUUUGUAAUGAGGUCGUGGGUAGAAAUGGCGAUUUUGACGGUUCAAGGCCAGAGAAUAAUGACACGGAUGAAAUUCAUCAUGACAGUGUUAUGUAAAGUCAGACUCCGUGACCGCGGAUAGAAAAGAGUUCUCUGCAAAAUUUUAUCGUUGAUUGUACGUUUGUUUCAUACCAAUGUUGUAGAGCAUGCGCAGUUUUCUCCAUAGUGGCUUUUCCCCUGGAAAACCAGCUGUAUAGUAGCCUAGGCUACUAUGGUACUGAUUUUAUAAGAAUUUUAUAAAAAUAUUAUUUGAAACCCAGAAAGGAUUAUAAUCAAUGUUUUACACCCCCAGGUUGCAUAUACAUGUAUUCAUAUGUACAGGUUGAUUAUCGUUUUGUCGAUUUAUUUUUAUUUUAGACACUAAUUAAAAUUAAACAUACGUAAAAUGAAAUAUAUACAUUUUAAUUUAGGUAAUUAUUUGAUAAAUUACCUAGUUAGACAAGAUAUACACUCAUAUGCAUAACCAUCUGUUAAAUUUGUAAUUUUUUAUUAAUAAAUCUAUCAGUCCG